AUGAGCUCGGAACCGCAGCUACAGGAAGCGAUGCCAGCCGAGGAUGCUGUCACAUCUGUCAUUGACGCCAAACUCGUGCGUCACACUCGACGCUGCAACGGACGCGACGUCUGUUCAUGUAUGUUGCGCGUGGAGAGCGCCUAUUUCCAGAAGAACCUGACUGAGAGAGCCGCAGCCAAGAAGCGCCACGGAGACAGCGCCACCCUCAAGCUAUAUAUUGCAGGGUUCCUGGCGCCUAUUUCGCUGGGAAGACUUGGAAUGACCAACAAAACGCUUAAGCGGGACGUAGACAUUAUGGCCAAGCAAGCCACCGGAGCGUUCCUGGCCGAGACACCUCGGGAUAAUCUACUCAAACAAGAGAAGCCCAAGGGGAUGGAAUCAUGGUCACAGUUCAUGCACAACCAAAUGACUUGUGUGCACAAACUGUUCGUCUACUACACUGGCUACAAAACGGGUCCGAUGAGGCAGCAGUUCCCACUCUGGUCUUUUGGUAUUGUCCACGUGGAUCCGAACGAGCCACACCGAAUCAUACUACCAAAUACAUGGUCCUUUCACGGUCACAACCCGUGGGUUCGGCGGCGUGGCAACGGAAAGGACGGCGAGUGGCUGCUGAUGAAGAAAUACGCUGCGAAUAAAGCCCCGAAAGAUUUCGUGGGGCACGUGAAGACGUGGGCGAACUCGUUACGGCCAGGAUCCAUGCUAGCGAUCGCAUAUCAGAAUGCUGGUUCGGUGGAGCCAGCGUGGUGGGAGGCGCAAGCUUGGUACGUCUGGUGCGGUGAUGGCAAACAAUACCCUGCAACUGUGUACGACCCCGAGACAGAAACUCGCAUACAAGUUCAUCCAGAUGAUCUACUGGAGCACUUCAGAACACACCCGCUGCACGUUAUUGACGUGUCAUCCCAGCCUGGGUCGUUAUGUCGACGAUGCGCUGGUCAGAACAGGACGUUCAAGUACUGCCACGUAGACAAAGGCCAUCCAAUGUUGUAG